AUGUUCCACCACCAAAAACCCCCUCUCUACUGCUCCCACAGACCCCCUCUCUACUGCUCCCACAGACCCCCUCUCUACUGCUCCCACAGACCCCCUCUCUACUGCUCCCACAGACCCCCUCUCUACUGCUCCCACAGACCCCCUCUCUACUGCUCCCACAGACCCCCUCUCUACUGCUCCCACAGACCCCCUCUCUACUGCUCCCACAGACCCCCUCUCUACUGCUCCCACAGACCCCCUCUCUACUGCUCCCACAGACCCCCUCUCUACUUCUCCCACAGACCCCCUCUCUACUGCUCCCACAGAGCCCCUCUCUACUGCUCCCACAGACCCCCUCUCUACUUCUCCCACAGACCCCCUCUCUACUACUCCCACAGACCCCCUCUCUACUGCUCCCACAGACCCCCUCUCUACUUCUCCCACAGACCCCCUCUCUACUGCUCCCACAGACCCCCUCUCUACUGCUCCCACAGACCCCCUCUCUACUGCUCCCACAGACAGCCUCUCUACUGCUCCCACAGACCCCCUCUCUACUGCUCCCACAGACCCCCUCUCUACUGCUCCCACAGACAGCCUCUCUACUGCUCCCACAGACCCCCUCUCUACUACUCCCACAGACCCCCUCUCUACUGCUCCCACAGACCCCCUCUCUACUGCUCCCACAGACCCCCUCUCUACUGCUCCCACAGACCCCCUCUCUACUGCUCCCACAGACCCCCUCUCUACUGCUCCCACAGACAGCCUCUCUACUACUCCCACAGACCCCCUCUCGGACUGGGACAGGAUUUUUGA